AUGUCAGGUCCAAUUAACACCUUUUCUACACCGGGUGUUUCCACGUCUACCCCGUCAAGCUCUACGUCAGGUCCAAUUAACACCUUUUCUACACCAGGUGUUUCCACGUCUACCCCUUCAAGCUCUACGUCAGGUCCAAUUAACACCUUUUCUACACCGGGUGUUUCCACGUCUACCCCUUCAAGCUCUACGUCAGGUCCAAUUAACACCUUUUCUACACCAGGUGUUUCCACGUCUACCCCUUCAAGCUCUACGUCAGAUCCAAUUAACACCUUUUCUACACCAGGUGUUUCCACGUCUACCCCUUCAAGCUCUACGUCAGGCCCAAUUAACACCUUUUCUACACCAGGUGUUUCCACGUUUACCCCUUCAAGCUCUACGUCAGGUCCAAUUAACACCUUUUCUACACCAGGUAUUUCCACGUCUACCCCUUCAAGCUCUACGUCAGGUCCAAUUAACACCUUUUCUACACUAGGUGUUUCUAAUUCCAUCUCUUCGAGCUCUACAUCUGGUCCUCAUACUGCCACUUCUUCCCCACCAUUUUCAACUUCUUCCACUUCUGGCUCCACCAUCCCUUUUACUACAUCAGCGAUUAAUCCAACUACAUCUGGAUCUUCUACAUCCAUCCAUGUUAGCAGUUCAUCUGGUUAUGCAUCUUCUGCAUCAGUCACUACUACCUGUACAUCUAAUCCUGUCAGUUCAACAUUUGUCCCAGAUUCAACCAACACUCCACAGUUUAGUAGCACACCUGACUUUACUACCACCACAACUGGCUCUUCAAUCUCUGAUCAUUCCACAACCCCAUUAGACCAUUCUACAACAAAGUCCACACAUCAUUCCCCCAGUCAUGCCAGCACAUUCAGUUCUUUCACUUCUACUUCUGUCAAAACUCGGACCUCUGGUUCUACAUCAACCGUUUUUACUACAACAGAUGGUACUUCCACCUCUUUAAGUGCUUUGCCAGAAUCUUUUACAACAACUUAUACACCUGGCACUUCAGCUGUCAUAACUGAACCAGAAUCAUCAGAUACACCUACAACAAUUAUUCCACUAACAACCACUGUUCCUGUGACUCCAACAUCGUUACAAAGAGCUACCACCACCACCCGUUCAAUAUCAAUUUUCCCAACAACUACUAAACCCCAAACUACUGUCACUCCACAAACAUCACCAACCUCUACAACUACCACCACAACCACUCUUACUACAAAGGUAUCAACUACAAACACCAUCACCACCACCCCAACAUUUACCACCAAAACUACGACAAAAAAGAAAAAAAAUGAGGAUGAAAAAGAACAGGAAAAAAAUCCUGAAACUCCAAGAAGUAGUCCUGUACCCCCUCCCAUCGUUCCCCCUCCCAUAGUACCCCCUCCCAUCGUACCCCCUCCCAUAGUAUCCCCUCCCAUAGUUCCCCCUCCCAUCAUACCCCCUCCCAUCAUACCCCCUCCCAUCGUACCCCCUCCCAUAGAACCCCCUCCCAUAGUACCCUCUCCCAUCACACCUUCUCGAAUUUUUCCCCCUCCCCUUCUAUCCCCUACAAUCAAUGCACUGACAUUUCCGAAGACCUCUGACCCCACUCCUAAAUAUUCCGCCAUUCCACUAACAACUGAACCCGAAUUAUCAGAUACAUCUUCAACAACUAUUCCACUAACCACCAGGGUUCCUGUGACCCCAACAUCUUUACAAACACCUACCACCACCACCCAUUUAACCACAACAUACCAAACAACUACUAAACCCCAAAUUGUUAUCACUCCACUAACAUCAACAGUUUCUACAAUAACCAAAAGUAAUGCUUUAACAACAAUCACAUCCACUACAAAGGUAUCAGCUACAGCCACCACCAACACCACCCCAAUCCCAACCUCUACUACCAACAACUACCAUCAUCACCCAUUUACCCAUGACUUUCCCAACAACAGUCCUGCCUCAUCUACAAUUUCUGCCACUUCUAGCACAGAUAAGGAAAAUGAUUUGACCCAUUCUUCUCCAGCUGCUGAUACAGUCACAGCCAUGGCUCAAACACCAGAAGAAAGUAGUUCUACUGAGUCUUUGCUACCCACUUUUGCAGUUUCUACAACGAGCCAUAGCACUCUAGGAAUUAGCUCCACUAAACUUCUUCCAGCUUCUUCUGUAGCUACAGUCACAACUCAACAAGUGGAAGAUGCUCCUUCUGCACAAUUAUAUUACCGUUACCAGACAGUCCUGGCCUAUUACAAAAUGUUGUACGAGUACCAGCAACGCGAAGAGACUCAGGAAUCUGCAUUUAGUUAG